CUUGUCGUAAUCUCUCCUCGUCUACCACUCAAUUGCCAUGGCCAAGGACAAGUCAGAAAAGAAGAAGGAGAAGAAGACCAAGGAGGUCACGGAGACCGUCGAGGAGUCCAUCGAGGUCAACGAGGACGUCGACAUGGGCGAUGCUGAGCUUGUGAAGGUCACGAGCAAGGUCAAAAAGGAGAAGGAGGAGAUCACCAUACCCCUAGAGGAUCUCUCUCCCAUUGCGCAGCCCCUUGCGCAGAAAAAGUUGCUGAAGAAGCUGCACAAGACUAUCAAGAAGGCCUCAAAACAACGGCAGGUGAAGCGCGGUGUCAAGGAGGUCGUAAAGGCCAUCCGGAAGGGAGAGAAGGGGCUCCUCAUUCUCGCCGCCGACAUUACACCCAUCGACAUCAUCUCGCACCUACCGGUCAUGGCGGAGGACGCGCAAAUCCCCUACGUCUUCGUACCUUCGAAGGAGGAGCUCGGCCACGCGAGCGCGACGAAGCGGCCAACGAGCUGUGUGAUGAUCUGCCCCGACCAGAAAAAGAAGAAGGCGAAGACUGCAGAGGGGAUUGAGGAGAAGGACGAGGACUACCGGGAGAUGUACGACGAGAGCUGUAAGGAGGUGCAGCAGCUGGACCAGAAGCUCGUAUUCUGAACAUCGUCCUGUCCGCGCCGUCUCUCGCAUCUAGUGUUGUCGCAUCUGUACUUGUGCAUUCCUCUCGUUCUAUGUACUGUUUUCAUAAUCGCUAUGCAUUGCCAUAA